AUGGCAUCAGGUGCUUUCUGCCUCCCCAUCCUGCAGAUUGUGCAUGAGACGCUGAUCACCCAGAGAGAGGGCAAGUCCACCAAGGCUCCCAAGGGGAAAUCAGGUGGUGGCAGCUCCAGUUGGAAGAUGAACAUGUUUGACCGGGGAGACGCCAUGGCCAUUGACCCUGAUGGUGUGCUGUGUCAGGCAAGAGACCCCCAGGGAUGGCAUGGGACACGCUCAAACAAGUCUGUUGCUGGGCAAGGCAGGUACUACUACGAAGCAGCAGUGACAGAUGAAGGGCUGUGCAGAGUCGGCUGGUCCACAGAUCGGGCAACACUUGAUCUGGGCACUUGUAAAUUUGGAUAUGGCUUUGGAGGAACUGGAAAAAAGUCCAAUGGAAAGCAGUUUGAUAGUUAUGGAGAGCCGUUUGGAAUGAAUGACACCAUUGGAUGCUUCCUGGAUUUGGACAGAGGCGAGAUAAGGUGGUCCAAGAAUGGCAUUGACUUGGGUAAGGGCUAUGACCUUCCUAAACACAUAUUGCAAGAUCAGUUCUUUGCUGCAGUCGUCCUCAAGAAUGCAGAGAUGCAAUUCAACUUUGGAGAUAAGCCAUUCAAGUUCCCUCCACAGGCUGGUUAUACUGCUCUGUGUAAGGCUGCAUCGUCCUGUGUUGUGGAAUCAAGGAUUCUUGCCGCCAGUGCUGUCAAUGCCAAGCCAGCUCCAAAUGCUCCACAGGCUAUCAUCAUAGAGCCUUCCAGGGAGCUGGCAGAACAGACACUCACUCAGCUGCAGAAGUUCAAGAAGCAUGUCAAGAACCCUGAAGUGAGGGAACUACUGAUCAUUGGGGGAGUCAGUGCCAAGGAGCAGGUGGAUUGUCUGGAAAGAGGGGUGGACAUUGUGUGUGGAACCCCUGGCCGUCUGGAGGACCUCAUCUCUACAGGCAAACUAGCUCUCCACCAAAUCCGAUUCUUCGUACUUGAUGAGUGUGACGGGCUUCUGUCUCAGGGUUAUGGUGACCUCAUCAAUCGUCUACACCAACAGAUUCCAAAAGUCACGAAUGAUGGCAAGCGUCUGCAGAUGAUUGUGUGUUCUGCAACCCUUCAUUCAUUUGAUGUCAAGAAAAUGGCAGAACGGCUCAUGCACUUCCCCACUUGGAUCGACCUGAAGGGAGCAGAUGCUGUCCCGGAGACUGUCCAUCACGUGGUGUGUACGGUAGACCCUAAGAAGGACACUCGAUGGAAGACAAUGCAGACGUACAUCCAGACAGAUGGAGUUCAUACAAAGGACAGGAUCAACACUGAGAGCAACAGUCCAGAGACGUUGUCAGAGGCCGUGAAGAUCUUGAAAGGAGAAUACUGUAUCCGAGCCCUGGAGGAGCACAAGAUGGACAAGGCCCUAAUUUUCUGUCGGACCAAGCUUGACUGUGACAACUUGGAAGUUUAUCUCAACCAGAUGGGUGGUGGCAAAUACUCCUGUGUGUGUCUCCAUGGGGACAGAAAACCUCCCGAGAGGAAAGCCAACCUCCAGAAAUUCAAGGAUGGUAAGGUGCGCUUCCUGAUCUGCACAGAUGUAGCAGCCAGGGGAAUAGAUGUCCGAGGAUUGCCGUAUGUAAUCAAUGUUACACUUCCUGACGAGAAACAAAACUACAUUCAUCGCAUUGGCCGUGUUGGCCGUGCAGAAAGGAUGGGUCUUGCUGUAAGUCUGGUGUCCAGUGUAAAGGAAAAGGUGUGGUACCACUCCAACUGCAGCAACCGCGGACGAGGCUGCUACAACACCCGACUGACUGAUGAGGGUGGAUGCUGUAUCUGGUACAAUGAACCACAGCUGAAGAACGAUGUGGAAGAACACCUUGAUAUAACCAUUGACCAUGUGGAGCCUGACCUCAAAGUCCCAAUCAACGAAUUUGACGGCAAGGUCAUGUAUGGUCAGAAGAAGAAAGCCUCAGGGUCUGCCUACCAAGGACAUGUUCAGUUCCUGGCACCAACUGUGGCAGAGUUGGCUCAGCUGGAGAAGAGAGCUCAAUCAUCUUUCAUCGAUAUGAAGUUCAAGAAGAAGUUUGCCACUCGUUGAAAUGUUGAUGAAAUACAAGAUAUGGGUGAAGAAACCAAGAAAUUCAUUUAAAUUGUUAAUCUUAAACAUUUGGAUACACUUAAAGACAUUUACAGUUAAGAUUUGUCUUAUAUUCCCCUCAGUGUGCACAGUGCCUGUGAGGCUUUAUGUUUUUACUUCCUUUAUGAGUUUUUUUACAGGGUAAUAAUUUUUGUUGCAUUGCGGUGUGGGAAAUCCACUACAUCAUUAUUAGUUUUCUUCAACAUAAUCGUCUGUUACAAAUAAAUAAAAAUUCAAACCUGCUGAAUGAAGCAGGAACACCAUUGUGCAUCACCACAUUCCAUCAAAAUAGGGAACUGCAAUAAACUGGACUCGGCAUGUUUAGUGUAGGUCAACUUCAGUAACUGUGCUGUACAAAGCUACCAGACAAAAACAUAAUAAGUCAGCUGGAGUUGAUCUGACAGUGAAUGAAUUGACACAAAUAUUGCAUAUUCUGAUUGCUUAUUACAUCCAACUAUUCCGAAAAGAGGACACAAUGGUCAUCACAAACAUGAAACGAAAGCAGACAGUGCAGCUGUCAGUUGCAGAUUCACACAUGCAAUGCCUUUGUUUAAAUCAAACAGGUUUUCCAUCAAAUAAAUGAACUACAGAUAAUAUUUUCAUUUAAAGAACUCUAAAUAGAAAUCCUAAAAAAGGAAUUGUAUUCAUGUUUUGUAGACCUACGCAAAGCCUAAAGAUCACAAGCAACAUGUACACAUCUCUCAUGUCUCGCAAACCCAUGAAUGUUUCCACUGUUUAUGUCAUUGGAAAUCAAGACGACUAACUGAUGUGCCUGGCGUCUCUGCCAGCACUUGACAUGGAAGGAUAUCACGGAAACAGUCUGAGUUCUGUCUGUAUUUGAAUUGUGGUUUAAACUAUCACUGAGCCCACAUAGAAAUAUAUUCUAUUACUUUCAGGUUGAAGCUGUUGUCAAUAUUAUGCAGGUUUCAUGGCUUUGUCAGUAUGUUAAGACAAGAGGAUGAAAAUGACAGACUUGAAGGUUAAAAAGAAAUAAGUUAGAACUGUCCAGUUUCUUGUACAUGUAAUUUGUGGUAGGCUAUCUGUGACACUUGAAAGCUGUAUAGGACUGUUUCAGACAUCAUGUUAAGUGACAACUGUUUUAGCAGUGUAGUACUUAGUGAGACAUCCAUGGCUUCUGCCUGGCUGUUCAAUUCUGGGAUCAACCUGCAAAUAAAGUGCUUCUGUAUCCA